CUCAUCGAAAGCGUCGAAGCAACCAAAUCGCAUCGAACACCCGAUAAAUCGGCGGCUGCUCGUGUAUAUCCAGCUACUUCAUAAAGGCCAGCCAACUACCCACCUAAACUAAACCGAAAACCAAAACUGAAACUGAAACUAAAACUAAACCUAAACUCAACUAAGUAAACGAACUAAUAUUAAAUAGAAGCCAGAGGCUGUUACAACUUUUACUAUUAGCAAAGUUAGACCAAAACUAGAGAAAAGAAAUCCAGACCAAGCAAAAUGAACGACAGUCGACGCAACACGGCCACGGAAUUCAGCUACAUACUGCAGCGCCAGGGCAGCGAUGUGUCGGUUGCCGAGGCUUAUGCAUUCGAUGACUUCAACAAUGUAAUGAAGAACAACCAUCAGACACAUCAGCAACAGGGCCAGCCGCAACAGCAACAUCAGCAGCAGCAGCAACAGCAGCAACAUCGGCAACCUUCACAGCAGCAACCACAGCAGGAUGCCGGACUGGGCGACACGUUGUCCUCGCUGCCACAGGCCUCGUUCAACUACAUCAACUCCAUCGUGGGCAGCGGCGUCAUCGGCAUACCCUACGCCCUCCACAGGGCCGGAUUUGGAUUGGGCCUGGCCCUGCUCAUCCUGGUGGCCUACAUCACCGACUACUCACUCAUCCUGAUGGUCAGAUGCGGCCACAUUUGCGGCCGGUUCAGCUAUCCGGGCAUCAUGGAGGCGGCCUACGGCAAGUACGGCUACUACCUGCUCUCCCUCCUGCAGUUCAUGUAUCCCUUCCUGGCCAUGAUAUCUUACAAUGUGGUGGUGGGCGAUACGCUGUCGAAAGUGCUGGUUCGCUUCUUUCCCUCCUGGGGCGGUUCCAUGGGCGCAGUCCGACUGGGCGUGGUCUUCUUCGUGAAUGUGGGCGUGGUAAUGCCCCUCUGUCUCUAUAAGAACGUAUCCCGACUGGCCCGUGCCAGCUUCAUCAGCCUGGCCUGCGUGGUGUUCAUCCUGUUUGCGGUCAUAAUCAAGCUCAUGUCGGGCGAUUAUAAAGUCACGGACACGGCGGAAUCAUGGCGGUUUGCCAACUCGGAUCUUAUCCCGGCCACGGGCAUCAUGGUUUUUGCUUUCAUGUGCCAUCACAACACCUUCCUCGUUUAUCAAUCGAUGCGCGACGCGACCAUGGAGCGCUGGGAGAAGGUCACCCACAUUUCCAUUGGAUUCGCCUGGACAGUGGCGGCCCUGUUCGGCAUCGCUGGCUACUCCACCUUCCGCGCUUUAUCCCAAGGAGACCUGCUGGAGAACUAUUGCUGGGAUGACGACCUGAUGAACUUCUCGCGUGUGCUCUUCUCCAUUUCGAUACUGCUGACCUUCCCCAUCGAGUGCUUCGUUUCCCGCGAGAUUGUGCGCGCCCUCGUCCAUCGGUUCGUGCUGAAGGAGCCCAUCAGCGAGUUCACCCAGGACAAGGACCCCAGCCUGGAGAAGGGGGCCAUAAUCGAUGAGUACUCGAAAGCCAUUACCAUGGCCAUCGUGUUCAGCGCCUUCGUCAUCUCGCCCAUGACCGACUGCCUCGGUUCGGUGCUGGAGCUGAAUGGUCUCCUGGCGGCCAUACCCUUGGCCUACAUCCUGCCCGGCCUGGCCUACAUCCAGAUGGAGCCGCACGCCCUGCUCAGCCGGGAGAAGCUGCCCGCCUUGGGGCUGGUGGUCUUUGGGGCCGUGGUGACCAUCCUGGGGGCGGCGGUGCUCCUGCCAGGACUCAUGGGCGGCGACUGCCGCUCGGACAUUGUGAUGGGCUACUGCCGGCAGGAGUUCCAGAACGCCACCGCCGAGAACUAAGUGGAUGCGGUUGCCACAGAUCGGAACGGAAGUCAACUCCUGACUUGGGAUCGUAUUUGGUUUUGUUUUUCUUAAUUUUAAUAUUGGUUUAAAACUUUUGAUUUCACCUUCGGUUAACUAACUAACACACACACACACACACUGCACGCAACGUGUCGCAUCGAAAGAAACUUGUACCUGAGUCCCAGACGUUGAAAGUAUCUGCGUAAGUAAGUAGUUGGCACAGUGCUGUAUUGGCUAGUGGAAGUGUGAUACGGGCGAACCUCAGUACAAAGGCCAGGCAUAUUCUCUGCGAUCGAGCAUAAUUCAAGCAUAUUUGCACCGGAUAGUUAUACAUUUUGUUGGAUCCCCGUUGUUGAUGUCGAUAUUGUUGAAUGUAGUGAAAGUUCCUCGAUAUAUAUAUAUAUAUGUAUGUACUCUGAUUGGGAAAGUAAAAGGAAACAAAGCGAAAGCGAAAGCAAACUAAACCAAAACUAGAACUAGAUGUUAUCCGUAGCUUUAGCGUAGUCUGAAACUAUUUGGGCACCAAUAUACACAUGCAAUCCUUAACGACAACCGACUCCCCAAGUUGAGAAGCAAAUCAAAAUCGAACAAGUAUUAUUAUUAUACCGACAACUAUUUGUAACUAUGUAUGUAUGUAUUGUAUAUGUAUAUGUAUAUCUAUGCCCUGACGUUACCGAAUCAUAUUCCAACGUUUUAUAUGUAUAUGUAUACAAGGAGUAGAUAACUGCGCUUUAAAACUAAAACUAAAACUAAAACCGAACUAAAAUCAAAUACUUUCCAUAUAACACAUCGAUUUGGACAACAGUUUUGAGUUGUUUAACAGCACUGAAUUCUAUUUUGAAUUGCGUAUAUACACCACACACGAUCGAAUAUUUAUAUAUACACGUACAUAGAUAUAUUUUUCUACAACUCUUGAUUUUUGUAUACUGCACGAUAUUAUGUAAAUACAUGUGUAUGCAUUUUUGGAUGUGAUUAAAGUCUUUACACUUACACCAGCUAUCACAACUUACUUUCUCUUCGGGCUGAGAUACCGGAACCAAGCUGAAGACCCCGACCCAAUACCAAACUCUAUACUCUAAACUCUAUACUCUAAGAGCUUAAACACUACAUAUCAUGGCCAAGGAACACGGGACAUGCCCAGGGCUUUUCUAAGAUACUUUUUACAAGAUCCCAGAUAACCAACUGAACCUAUCGCCUAUACACACAUCGAAGAUACAAAUAAUUUCCACAGACUUCUUGUAUAUACACGCCAAAUACAGUAGAUCCGCUUCUCAUUUUCCCAUUCGCCAAAUAUCUCGUUGUCUCUCCCUCUUUAGCGCUAUACUAUAUCGAAAAUGUAUAACAAAGAAAUAGUAAGGUAUUUAGGGAAGUGUUGAUCGAUUGUAGACGAAUUGUAAUUAUUAUUAUUGCCGUAUUGUGCGUGUAGCCACAUAUAUAAAACAUAUAACUAAUUGUUUAGAUGGGAUCGUUUGUGUAGAGACGUUUUGAUUUGCAACGCAGGCAUACCCCAGAGAUAACCAAAUCCGAUUUCAUUCCAAUAGUACAUAUGUCUAGAUAAGCUACAGCAAAAGCGAAAUAAUAAUAAAAUAUUCUUGAAAUAAUAAAAAUGCAUUUUAGUUUUAGAACUACUAUAUGCCAAA